CAGGCUGUGGCAAGUCAAUGGGAAGCUCAACAGUGUCUGUCGUUUUUGGCUCUGCGAAUAACUCCUCAAAACUAAGCUACUUUCGGUGAACCACCCACUUUGGGGGACGCUGCAAGGAGCUCAUUGUCAGAUAUAUCAGAUACUAUCGGCUGGGAGCUUCAGUUUUCGAAUUUUACUGUGGUAGGAUUUUGUAAGUCUAAUGCAUCAGCUACGGCAUCAUCAGUGUGAUAGGUGCAUUUCACCUUCGAAUAUUCGAUUCCGAACUAAAACGUUUGACCGUUCAGCUUGAGAUCGAAUGUUUGAAUAAUCGGCGUAGCUCCGUAAUGAAUUCGAAAGCGACCACGAGUGAUUGUGGCCGGGGUCGGAGACUGGAAGGAUGUCGGCGGAGCAUCGUUGUCGUAGCGGCCGCUCAUCUGGCUACGGCCCUCGUGACAAUGCCGGUAUCGUGUGCUAGUGUACUCUACCUAAGCUGGAAGAACGAAUUCGAUAGCAGCGCCAAGGACACAGCAGUAGUGAUGAGUCUCGUGAUUUGCAUGACAUUAUGUUGUUGUCUACUGGGUGGUGUGCUGACGAAACGCUAUGGCUGCCGAUUUUCAGGGAUGCUUGGGGGCGCCCUUUGCUCAUUGGGAUUCCUCUGCAGCCACUGGGCCACCGAUCUUGUCCAUCUGUACAUCACUGCCGCCAUUAUAGGGACCGGGGCUGGCCUUGUCUACUGCUCGAGCAUGGUUACAGUUGCCCAACGUUUCAAAAAGCACUACAAGGCUGCUAAUUCUGUCGCCUACGCUGGGUUUGGAACGGGCACCAUGGCUGGCCCACCGGUCGUGCAACUCCUCCUCGAUAGCUUCGGAUGGAGAGGUGCGAUGCUGGUGACCUCCGCGUUUGCUGCGAACAUGGUUCCACUCUGCGCGUUCUUUCGUCCUCCCGACCCGCUGGACAGGUCUAGGCUGGAGCCUGGGCCACGUGGCGAUGAGCUACAUCACCUUCGAGGUGCGGAGGAAGACGUGCCGAGUCUGGGUGAAGACGGUGUGUUCGAUGCCGGGAAAGAGUGCAGUGUGAGCCAGACUGCACAGGAUGGGAACAACGACCGCGAGACGACGGGGUGUUCGUACUUCCCACACGUAAUGAGAGAGGGGAGGAUCACCAGGAUGUGCCAAGGGGCAGUCACCGGUCUUGGCUUGGACACCCUACUGAAAAGCUACCGCUUCACUCUGCUGUGCAUCCUAAUAUUCGGAUUUCAUAUGCCUUACACGGCCUUUGUCCAAUUCGCCAUUCCACGGGCCGAGGGGAUAGAGGUGGCGCCCUCUAGCGCCUCCUUCCUGCUCAGUAUUGCCGGCAUCGGUAGCCUCCUUGGUCGCCUUGGCAACGGGCUGAUGCUGAACUCGAGGGUGCCAGCGGAAUGCGUGGCUGGCCUCUGCAUAGCCACGGCCGGCGCUUCGAUCUUCCUGAUGAACGUAGACAGCUACGCCUCGCUGGCCGUGGCAUCGUUCACUCAGGGCUUCACAUCCGGAGCCUUAUUCGCGAUUGUGAACGUCCUCGUCCGGCGUUAUGUCGGUCUGAGGAGUUUCCCGAUUUGCAUUGGGCUGUACAAUUUCUUUGCCGGUGGUAUCGGGUCUUUGCUCGGACCAAUUUUAGCAGGUUGGCUGUUUGAUGUGACCAGUUGCUACAAGACCGUCUUCUUUGUCAUGGGCGGACUUUACCUCGCAUCUGCGCCGCUGUUCCUCCUAUUUCCUCUGCUGAAGAGAGUGGAACCGGGAAUGGGCACUGCGACAUCGGAACUCGAUCUGACCACCUGACGUGGUUCAUAAUUACAGGAUAUUACAGCAAAACACCGAGGCAUGAAGCGUGCUGGCAGUGUAUUAUAAUAGGCACCAAAGUUGCGAAACGGGUGGGCGGGCUUACGUGGAGUCCUUGGGAAUAAAAAUGGGUAACACAGGGUGUCAGUGGUACGAAUCCAGGACAGUCCUUGUCACGCUUUUCCCUUCGGAUUGGCUUCCUGCUGCAAAAGUUGCUUCUCCUAAUUUACCCACAAUAAUGCCUACCACAACAGGCAUAAUAGGCUGUCUUUCUUCUGCUCCACUGAUGCAGCCAGUACAUGUACCAGUGCCACUGGUCUGAUAGGCCAAAGCCUUGAAAUACGCUUGCAUGGAGUCAGAGCCACUGCAUAUUCUCAAAGUAAUCCACAUCCCCGACCGGAAGAAAAGUCCUUUCAUUCCGAAACUUUACCCAGAGCACCCCCCCCUCAAAAAGGCUCAAAGUUUUGUCACUUUGUGUGAAAGUCCCAAAUCACAACACUCGAAGCCUUUGUUAUGACUGCUUGGCGACCUUCAGAUGUUGAAAUGAUCGCCAAAUCAAAUCAACCAGGAUCGACACUGUCACCACUAACUGCAAGCUCCUUGACCCCAGUUUAACGAACUUAAAAGCUUCAGAAAGAAACAACUAACGACAGAAAUAAGGAAGUUAUUCAGUUAUUAAGUGUAUUCACAAAAUUAAGCUAUUUAUAAUGUUAACAAAGAUUUGGAGUCGUGAAUCGGACUUCUCAAUUUCUUCAGAGGUUCCCUGCUACUUCGGAACUUUCCUCAGCAAUAUCAAUUUAACAAGCUUUAUUUAAAAAGUCACAGUUUUCUUUAGGAAUGUCUAAACGAUGCCGGUCCUCAAGUACAACACUCUCAAACAUUCAAAAUUCAGUGUCUCUAGGUUUCAGUUCAAUCAGAUUCGUUCAGCAUCAUAAUUCACAAGACACAGGUGUAUACAAUUGUGACUUCAAAUGCUGACUUAAGCUUCGAAAUGAAUUUGAUAGGUCGUCCAGGUUUUGCUAGCUGUACAGAUCUACACGUACAUUAAACUUUUACGCCUGGCCCGAGUCGUUAAUUGUGCAAAUCUUCGGUUGGGUGCAAACUAUUGUUUUUUUUUCAUUCACAUGCAUAUCAAGUUCCACAAAGCGACAUAAAGUUGGCGCCAUCAGUGGAAAGUAGGGUGCACGCACACUCAUGCCCUGCUGAAAAGUCCAGCUGGAUUUAUAUUCAUCAAUUAGCCGUGCAGCUAUGGAAUCCCAUGAUCAAAUGCUAUCAGUAUUAUUACUGUAUACAGAGUUGUGGAAAUUUUACGCCACCCACACGCAAGUGUGGCGAGUGGCUAAUUAGGAAACCACAGUUCGCUUUCUCUUCGAAAGAAGACCACUUGACCACCUAGGAAUUUCAUGCUUUAAUCACCGAAGGAGAGGGCUUAAUUUGGAAAAUACACGCAUUCAGAAUAUCAUCUGGAAAGUCCUGAAAGGUAAUUUUUAAACAAUAAAUCUUCCCUUGUGUGAAGUGUAUGAAUUGUCAUCUUCAUAGUUAUUUCUCAAAAAAGUGUACUUUGAUAGCAGUGGGAGAGUUUUAACUGAGGGUAAACUGAAAGUCAAUUGGUUAAAUGUAGAUUUUUAAAACACAUAUACAUAUCGAAAUUCUACAUUAGAUAUAAGCCGUAUUGGUGUCCAUUCACUGCUGUCUACCGCUUGUCAUAA